AUGGACGACUUUCUUCAGCCACCUCCGAAUAGCGACAUCCAGAAUCCGAUGAAUUUCCCGGGCGGCAUCUACCCGGGCUAUCCCGCGGAGUUUGGCUUCAACCCGAUGUCAGAUGACAAGUCUGGAAACAACAAUCAGGCCGUGAAAAUGCUGGAAGUCGCGCCACCCCCGCCAGUCGUCAUUUGCCCCACUGAGGUUGACCACAUCAACAUCACGCUCGAGAAGAACCAGCAGUGCGCGUGUAAGGACUGCGGGAAGCUGUUCAACUCGGUUUGGUACCUCAAGCAGCACGCCGUCAAGCACUCCAACGACCGCCCGUUCAAGUGCAAAUUCUGCUUCAAGACGUACAAGUUCCGGUCCAAUCUCUACCAGCACAAGUGUCCGGACAGGCAGAAGAGCGGCCAGACUGGUCGUCGGAUGAUCCGCGGAAACGGGCUUCUAUCCCCAAAUACCAAACGUCAGGAGACGAAUCAGUUGAUCAAGUCGAGAAUCGAGGCCAAUAUCGCUGGAGAUGAGCCGACAAUGCCACAACCCGGAAUCUCUGCCCCCAUCCCCGAGCAGCCAGAGCAGCCGAACAACACCGAAAAUGAGAACUACCCGAUUGGGCUGAAUAUCAGAAUUGAAGCAGCAGACAUGUGGCAGCCUCCCACCGCCCCACAGAUCCAGAUCGAAAUGCCGCCAGAGCCACCCCGUGAUUGUAUCCGCGAGCAGCAACUACCCCAGGACGAGAUCGAGCAGUACAUCGCGAAUAAUAAGCACAAACUCUUCUCCUGUCGCAAGUGCAAAUUGCUCUUUCCAUCGGAGCAGACGCUCCAGCGGCACAACACGGUGCACGUCUUUGAGGAGACUUACUGCUACGCCUGUCCGUUCUGCCGGGAGGCUUUCACGAACGAGAAGGACCUACGUGUACAUUCGCAGCAUCACGCGUCGAAUAGUCCGUGGAAGUGCGACUCGUGCAGCGGAUCAUUUAGAUCCAACGUCUCCCUCCGUCGCCAUCAAGACGCCAGCCUCGAAUGCACGUUCUACCCAUUCGGUGUCGAGCCGGAAUUGCUCCCCUCCCCACCUUUCCCGAUGGACCCGUUCGGCUUCAUCACCUCCCCCUCGGACCUCAUCAAUCUGAAUGAUCUGAACUUUGGAGACCUCGGCACCGGAUUCGGCUCCGGCCCUUCCUACGGCACGAUGCUGUCCCACCAGUUUCAACAAUCGGUGGGCGGAGGACUCAACUACAGCGCCGAAACGGAUGCUGAACUCGGGCUCCAUGAGGAGUACACGGUGGAAUUCACAACCAGUGGUUCCGGCGAGGCACAGUUCAUGAUCAUGCCGAGGACUAUUCGGAUGCCGGCUGUACAUAAAGCAAGUCUAACAGCACCGCAAACGUUCUCGCUCGCUGAUGAAUAUUCCGCCGCUAAAUCGGCUGUGGCAAGCCAAGGAGAAGAGCCAACCGAGUUUGAAUGGAUAGCCAAGAAGCUGGGGAUGGAUUUUGACCUGCUGAAAGCGCUCUACUUCCGCUUCGUGCUCGAGUCUCUAUGCGCCGCAUACUAUGUGAACGCGGCCGUCUACGCCCUCUUCUCGGCCCUCGCGGCUUCGAAAUCGGCCAAAGGCGCUGAGCAAUUCUUGUCAAAACACCCCGAUUCCAGCGGAGCCUACACCACCGACACAUCAAUGAAACCUUCAACCCUCCAAGCCACCAUCAUCGAGGAACCAGCAUUCUUCGCUGCCAUAAUGAUCCCGAGGACGUUGCUGAUCUGCGCUGUGGUCGGAGCCGCGUUGUGCAUGCCGUCGUACGACGAGAAGUCGCACAAGGGCGAGUACGAGGCGAAGAAGUAUUCUUCCGAGGGAGCACAUCACGAUGGGCAAGAGUACGGCUCCGAGAAGGCCGGCAAGGAGGGCGAGCAUGGAAAAUACGACAAGUACGACCAGGCCCACCACCACGCCUCCAAGGCCGAGGAGGGCGAGAAGAAGAAGCACGAGGAGCACGUGGCUGACAAGCACGGCGGCAAGACGCACGCCAAGGAGGACUCGCACUUUGGAAAGGACGUCAAGACCAAGUCCACCGGCUACUUCGAGUACAAAUUCGUGCAGCCCCAGUACCACAUGGAGCAGUUCCACCAGGACGAGAAGCACGGCAAGAAGUACGGAGCCGACUCGCACGACUACGGCAAGGAACACUACGGCGAUGGAAAGUACGACAACAAGGGAUACAGCAAAUAUGGUAAGUACUACGCUCAGGACGGUGGUGAUCACUCCGACUACGCCAAGGAGAACCACGGACAUGAUGGACACUACAGCCAGUACGACAAGGGACAGAAAUCCGACAACGCCGGCUACUACAACCAAGGACACGCCGCUCACGGAUCUGAGUACGACCACCACAAGGAACAGCCCCAAUACUACGAGCCCCACUACAGCCACUACGAGCCCCAGCACUACGGCGGAGGACACUACGAGCCUCAGUACGGUGGCCACGAUGACCAUCAUCAGGAGCACUACGAGCCCCAUUACUACUCUCCCUACGAGUAUGGACACCAU